AUGUUGGCAGACGGAGCGGCCAAGACUUCCAGUCGACGAUCGAAGGCAGCACCAAAGCUCAAGGAAAGCUGUGACUGCUGUGCCCGAGCCAAAGUACGAUGCAGCAGGGAAAGACCUUCCUGUCUACGAUGUCAAUCGAAAGGAAUCUACUGCGAAUACAGCUUUUCCCGGAGA